AUGGCUUCCGCAGAAGGUGACGUUCCUGCUGAAAUGCAAGACAGGGGAAAGUGGUAUGGAGAUGCUGUGGAUUACUGGAAAGUAAGUACAGCCAUUUAGCUCAUAAACCUAACACAACCUAUUUAGAUCAAGAACCUAUUGUAACUUGUUGCUACACAAUUAUAUAUCAAUACAAUUAGUAAAGGUAAUCACAUGAUUUCGAGAGCAACUUGGAAGAAAUAAGCACGAGUAAAUGCGACUUUUAAAUCAACUUUGCAUCCCCUUUUUUUGCUCUUCAGAAUUGUAUUUUCCUCUUCCCAUCUAUCAUUUCUUGUGUAACAGUGUUAAAACACUUGGCAGCCAUUCAUGAAGGGUAGCACCCCUGCUAUAAUCACCUUGCAGUGAGGUGAUUAUGGUGAGAUAUGAUGCAAUCCUUGACCAAUCAAAGUGCAGGCAUCUCUAGAAUCAGUGGAGCAAUAAUACGUACAAUUUAUAUUCUCUCUCGCUCUCUUUCUUGUUUUUGACCAAUCAAAGUGCAGGCAUCUCUGGAAUCAGUGGAGCAAUAAUACUUACCAUAUAUAUUCUCUCUCGCUCUCUUUCUUGUUUUUUUUUAUUUUCACUUUAUUGCACCAUACUUCCAAGUAAAUAAAGAAGGUGCCAAAUGGUUUAUAAAUGAGGUGUGAUUAACAGAAAGGCCAGCAUGAUUCAUGAAUUUAUGUACCCGCAUGAGGCAUGAUUUGCCUCCUGAAAUUAUAUACAAGACUUAUCAAUUUUUCUUUCACUUUGUGAAAACCUUAACAUUUCCAAGAAACUUUGUUCACAGAACAAUUAUUUGAAGUCUUCUCUUCUGUACACAUGACAUGCGAGUUUACUAAAUUCUGUGCAUGAAUUGUGACCAAGACCCCCCCCUUUGCUACUCUUGGUACACAAGAAGAAACAUUUGGAGUAUUCUCUUUUAUAUACAUGACACAUGAAUUUUCUAAAUUCAGAGUGCAAUCUAAACCCCCCUUAGCUACUCUUAGAUAAAAUAAGGUUUUGGCUCCAAUAAGUUUCUACUGCACAAUUGAUUUGUCACUGUUACCUUUAAACUGUUAUUAUUAAUAACAUUUGCGAGAUGAAGCCCAUCAUGUGAAAGCCUUCUUGUUACUCAUGGGUGUUCCUUGUCAUCUCUAGUCAAUUUUUUUUCUUUAUACUUGUAGCUUGGUAAUUAAAUGUUUGGUGAAAAAAAUAAAUUUUUUUAUUUUUGUGUUAAGAGUGUUCCUGCAACAGUGAACGGAAUGUUAGGAGGUUACGGUCACAUCUCACCAACAGACAUCAAAGAUUCAAAGAGGUUUCUGAAGAAUUUUCUGGACGUAAGUUGUAUUUAAUCCUUCAUUACUUUGAUUAAUUUUUGAAUCAAGUUUUCUGUAUACCAUAUUUCCUUGAAGAAGUGCGCCCUCGGUCACCCUUCUAAAUUAGUUUCUAUUCCCUAGGCCAUAAUUCAAACAAGCUCUUCCCUCAAAUAACUGCCCCCCCCCCCUUCCUUUCUCGCUUUCUUAAAUAGUGGGGAUUCAAGGACCUGUCUCUAUGGCCAUACCCUUCCAAGAAAUGCCUCCCCUUUAAGCUGAAGCUUUGAAAACCACCAGGUUGGUGUUUAUUAGAGUGUAGUGCUUAAUCAAGGAAAUAUAGUAACCCCAUACUUCAUUGUGUAUGUGUUUCUAAGUGGGUAUUUAAUUAGAUAUAUCUACAUGUCAAUUUGUGUCCUAGAAACAUUGAUUAUUAUUAUUAUUAUUAUUAUUAUUAUUAUUUCAAAGAUCAGGGAAAAUGGUGGUAAAAUCAAUAGAUUACCCUUAGGAUUAAGGCCUUGCUUUUGAAUUCAGGGGUUACCUAUAUGAAAGCCUUUCCAUUUUUAAAACUUAACACUCUUUUAAAACCCAACACUUUUUAGCACCAAGUUCUGAGAACUAAUUUACAAGCAAAUGUGUAGCAGCUAGAGGGGAGAAUUAACAGUCAGAUCUUGGGAGUUAAAGGGUCAACUUAAUUUAAUUCCUUUUGAAAAAGCAGAACUUGUAAACAAUAAAUUCUGGAACAAGUUAUUUUGAAUGAAUAAUAUCAUAUUAUAAAAUUCAUCACAUCAAGAAAAACAACUUUUGGUAUCAUGGUUAUAUACUUAGCAAAUUAUAUCCUGACAGUUGCCUUCUUUCCUUUUUGAAGCUUUCAGAUAAACAGGAUGAGAAUAAACCUUCCAAGAUCAGGCGUAUUGAACCCUUAACAACAGAGGACACCUCUACAACCCAAAAAAUAAAGCCAUUUACAGCCCUUGGUGAGUGGGCUCAGUAUUCCUUUCAAUAAUGCCUGUCAAUUCUUAGAUUACCACUUCCUACACUAUUAGGAUAACAUUUCUGCUUACCCUUAAACUCGUUUAACUUCUCCCCAUAAUGCACAUACACAUGUAUUUUAUCCAGAUCUAUUGCUCUGAUGAAGAGCUAACGCUGGAAACGUCAGCUUUUUUACCCUUUACAGUGGCUAAUUUACAUUUUCAACUCAGUUGUUAACACUAAAUUACCUGCUAUACUCUACCACCAACACAGCACCACAGUUUCUUUAGAAACUUACCCCUUUAUUUUAUCCAGUAAACAGUUAAUAAGAAUACUCAAACUUAUCAGUUAGAAGUUAUCUUAAUUGAACCCAGAUUCUUGAAACUAAUUUACAAAGAAAUGUGUAGCAGCUAGAAGAGAGAAUUAGGGAUUGGAUCGUGGGUUAAAUGGCUGAAAGACAGAUUUUCAAUAAUUUUGAAAUGUAAUAGUCAGAUCUUUCCAGAUAUAUGAUACAAACAAUGUUAUAUUUUUAUGAACAUUUUGUUUAGACUGUGGUGCUGGAAUUGGUCGUGUCACAAAGAACUUGCUCUUACCAUUGUUUAACACAGUGGACAUGGUGGAGCAAAAUGCUGAUUUUCUAGAAGAAGCAAAAAAUUAUCUGGUAAGCAAAAUGUACCAAGACAUACAACAUAAUGUUUUAGGUGGAAAUGAGUGAUUUUUAUAUUAUUGCCAUUUCCAUUGUUACCCUGUUAACUAAUUGUGCAGAAUCUGAUUUGUUUCAUUCUAGGGAGAUAAAAAGGAUCGUAUUGGACAAUUUUAUCCUCAAGGUCUGCAGGUGCGAAUUUUAUGCCUUAACCCCUUUGAUCCAUAGGAUUGACUAGCAUCUAAUUUUUCUUUACAAUAUCACCCCUAACUAAAACAUUGAGGUCAGGAGAAUGAAGGGAAAGAUUGCCAACCUAAGAAGCUCUUGAUUGUUUAAACAAAUUCUCCUUGUCAGUGCCUUGGGGAAAGUAUAGAGAACAGUAUGGAAAAUAUACAUACUGAUGUUAAGGUGUGAAGGAUUAACAACCUACUUGAUUGGUGUGGCUUCGAAAAUGUCUUGUGGUCAUGCAGUAGGAAUAUUUUGAAUUAUGAUAAGAAAAAUGCACCAUCUUUUGCAGGAUUUUAAACCUGAACCAGAACGCUACAGUAUCAUUUGGUGUCAGUGGGUGCUUGGGCAUUUGACAGAUGGCGAGUAUUAUUCAAUAAUAUGCAAGUUAUAUUUAUAGAUUUUCAUCCCAUCAUUGUUGUGGUCAUUGGUGCAUGGCCAUUGUCAUGUGGCUAUUGUCAUAUGAACAUGGUUGAGUGUCACCACUGAGAAAGAACCGUAACCAUUUGCCAUCUACCUGUGCUUGAGAGUUUGUCAGUAUAUGUUACAUUUUAUUUCCUUUCUUUUCAUUCUGGAUUCUAGGUCGUUCUGGGUGAAAAUGCAUGGCAAUGUUCUUAAGUAAAACAAAUAAAUAUGAAAUUAUGUAAUAGUUCACGUAGGGUUAGGUUUUUGAGAGUUACAAGGGAACCGUAUUGCAACAAAACUCUCACCCUCCUUUGAAGCAAGGCUUCGAGUGUGAUUUCACAAAUUAACCAAUCACGUCAAAGAGCUUUAACCUCGACAUUGGUUAACUGACGUGGACAUUUUUCGCGUAUUUUCAGUUUGUUUUCGUAGAGUUUUAGUUGUUUUUGAGCUUUCGUUUUGUAAAUUUGUUACCCCUUUGUUUGGAAUGUUAAGAAAUUUCGGAGUUUUUAAUUUUAGCCAAAUGUAGGGCUUCAUUUUAUAAGUUUAAUACAUAUUUUCUACAAUAUUUGGACUCUAGCCUCUUUUUUCGUAAAGUGAUUGUUUUACACUCUCUUUCAUCUGCCGUCUAGAGACCAUUAGAGGGCAACUUUGGUCAGGGCUGAUGGUGCCAUUUGGUUAGCUUAUGACCACUCCAUCUCCAUCUUCUUUGCUGAAGAGGCCAAAACAAAAUUCAAUUUAUAAAUGUUAUAAAAUGAUUUUUAAGGAGUUAUUGUAAUCAAGGGAUACUGCUUCCUUUCUUGUUUACCAGAUGAUUUUGUGGAUUUUUUCAAGCAAUGUAAGUCAGGACUCAUGCCAGGUGGUUUAAUAUGCGUCAAGGAAAAUGUCACAAAGGGUGGGGUUGACUUGGAUGCUCAAGACAGCAGUGUAACCAGGUACCAUAAAAGAGUUGUAGCUAAGAAAUUAGGCUUCCGGCUUAAAUUCUAAAAGAGGCUGUUGCUAAGCUUCUUGUUCACAAAGCAGUGGACGCCAGAAACGGAAAGAGGUCAUGCACGAUUCACGAGUGCUCAAAGCGAUAUUUUUUUUCAAUUUUUCCCAUUUGUUACUGUCACUAAUGCUCAGGUUAAUCAAGCAUAUAUUUCAAUCGUUUCAACUAGACGAUAGCGCUCGAUAUUGAAGGAUUGGAAAUGUGUAUCCUCAGAAGUGCCCAUUGUGUUUUACAAAGCGAUCAAAAAUCCAGCCGGCAAUUGCCACUUUUUCAUUGAGUAAAUUUCGCAAGCAGAUGGCACUCAGCUACAAUAUGUGGCAAAAGUCUUUGCUUUUGCAUGCAAAAUUGAGUUUAGGAUCUCGGUGCAAGAGCCACAUUUUCAAAUAAUUCGUGAUUUUUAUCUUUUCCUCUAUUUCAGGUCUGAUGAAAAGCUCAGAGAAUUGUUCUCAAAGUCUUCACUGACUGUGAUCAAAGACGAAGUACAGACGAACUUUCCCACAGAACUCUAUGUUGUAAAAAUGUAA